AUGAGUCCUCCGACAAAAUCCCAGCAGUGGGUUCUCCGAGAGAAACCUUAUAGUGAACCUGUCUUGGGGGGAGACGAGUCCACUUUUGCCUUGAACAUCGCAGACAUCCCCGCGCUCAAGGACGGCCAAGUACUAUUGAAGACACUGUAUUUGAGCAACGACCCCGCACAGCGGGCGUGGAUUUCGCCGCUUGCUCAGGCAGAGCGCCUAUAUCUGCCACCAGUGCAAGUUGGCGAGCCUAUGAAAUCCAUGGGCAUCGCGCGUGUAGUGGAAUCUCGAAACCCAAACAUUAAACCCGGUGCCUUGGUUACAGGUAAUCCCGGGUGGACUGAAUACUCGGUCGAUGAUGGCGCAAAUGUCUCUGCAAUUGAUCCCCACCCUGGUCUGCCAGAAACACACUUUUUAGGUGCUCUGGGAUUGCCUGGGUUUACCGCCUACUAUGCCUUGACACAAAUUGUAAAGGCAACUAGCAAAGAUGCCAUUGUUGUGAGCGGUGCUGCCGGUGCCGUUGGCAGCAUGGUUGUUCAGAUUGCUAAGAAGAUGAUCGGUUGUCGCAAGGUGAUCGGUAUUGCUGGCACAGACGAAAAAUGCCGAUGGGUGGAAAAGCUCGGAGCGGACGUCUGCGUGAACUACAAAUCCUCGUCAUUCAAACAAGAACUCACCAAGGAGACUGAAGGGUUUGUCGAAAUUUACUUUGACAAUGUGGGUGGCGAAAUUCUUGAUUUCAUGUUGACUCGGCUGGCUAUGUUUGGCCGUGUUGCAGCGAGUGGCACGAUUGCCAACUACAAUCGGGAUUCGGAUAUUACUGGUUUGAAGAACUUUUAUGAAGUCGUUACCAUGCGUCUACAGAUAUUGGGAUUCAUCAAUAUUGACUGGGUCCAGCAUCUACCAGAAGUACGAGCAAUUCUUGUGGACGAAUGGAAAAAGGGCAAUUUGAUCAUCGGAGACGAGAGCGAAAUGGUCAUCGACACUGAGUUCGCCAACAUUCCUAAAAUAUGGAUGAUGCUUUAUUCCGGAGGCAACACUGGAAAACUCGUCACGAAGCUAAAGGAGUAG